GCAGAGAGUAGACGUGUCGUCUGUGAAUUCAGAACAGAACAAAAAUUAUUAAAUUGUGUUCAAAAAAUCAAUAAAUUCAAAUAAAAAAAAAACUAACAAAGUGUGAAUAAGAACAAUUAUAGUGAAAAAACGAUAAUGGGAGAUUCCCUAGAGAACUCAGAAGCUCCCGUCGUGGACACCGUGAGUGUAACAAUUGUCGAUUAUGGUGCUUUCGCCAAUUACAUCCGCAAAGCUGUGACCAUUCUAUUGCCUGAAGAAGAUGUGGUUCCACCAGCAUUGAAUUUGGCUCUAGAAGACACCAAUAACCAGGAUUGUAUUAAGAAAUUCCUUAGUGAUCCCCAGGUGCAGGCAUUGUACAUCCAAAGGAAUUGCUUAAAAGAAGAUGAAAAUGAACAACCUGCUGAGGGUGAAGAGGAGAAGGAGUCUGUUACUUAUUACAUUAGCAACGAUGUCCACUUUAGUAACAGCCGAAUGGCAUCGUUGGCUUGUAUUAAGCGUGGUACAGUCAUCGAAGCGGACAAAUCCAUUCAUUCGCAACUGCGAUUGAUAAACUUCUCGGAAGGCUCCCCAUAUGAAACUCUUCAUGCCUUCAUCAGCAAGUCUUUGGCUCCAUUUUUCAAAAGUUAUGUCAAAGAAUCGGGACGUGCUGAUCGUGAUGGUGACAAAAUGGCACCAUCCGUGGAAAAGAAACUGGCCGAACUGGAAAUGGGAUUGUUGCAUUUGCAGCAGAACAUCGACAUACCAGAGAUAACACUCGCCGCUCACGGAUCUGUAGCUUCUGUUAUUCGAAAAUGUGCCGAGGAGAAUCGCAAGGCUAAAGUUGCUGAUUUCGGCGACAAAGUCGAUGACUCUACAUUCCUCAAUCAGCUGCAGAACGGCGUAAAUCGUUGGAUUAAGGAGAUUAAAAAAGUCACUAAGUUAGACAGAGAUCCGUCGUCGGGAACAGCUUUGCAGGAGAUAUCUUUCUGGCUGAAUUUGGAAAGGGCUCUUUAUAGGAUUCAAGAGAAGCGGGAAUCUCCAGAGGUUGCUUUGACUUUGGACAUCCUGAAGCAUGGUAAAAGAUUCCAUGCGACGGUGUCCUUUGAUACCGAUACGGGACUUAAGCAGGCCUUGGCCAUGGUCGCUGAUUACAACCCCCUUAUGAAGGAUUUUCCAAUCAACGAUCUCCUGUCUGCCACCGAGUUGGAGAAAAUUCGUCCAGCUGUGCAGCAGAUAUUCUCGCAUCUGCGUAAGGUUCGCAACACCAAGUAUCCAAUUCAACGGUGCUUGAAAUUGAUCGAAGCUAUAUCCCGCGAUUUGAGUCAACAACUUCUGAAGGUACUCGGAACACGGCGUCUGAUGCAUAUUCCCUUCGAUGAGUUCGAGCGGGUUAUGAAUCAAUGUUUUGAAAUCUUCAAGUGUUGGGACGAUGAAUACGACAAGCUGCAGGGUCUGUUGCGUGAUAUUGUGAAGAAGAAGCGUGACGAGCACUUGAAAAUGGUUUGGCGUGUUUCCCCAGCCCAUAAGAAGCUGCAAGCUCGAAUGGAACAGAUGCGAGAUUUCCGUCGUCAGCAUGAACAAUUGAGGACUGUUAUUUUGCGUGUGUUGCGCCCAACCAAGCAACAACAAAGUUCCGCUCCAAUUGAUGCUCAACCGGAGGUUAAAACUUCCUACAGCUUGGAGGCAGCCGAUGCUAAUGCAAUCGAAGAGGUUAAUUUGGCCUAUGAGAAUGUUAAGGAAGUUGAUUGCUUGGACAUUACCAAGGAAGGUUCUGAGGCUUGGGAAGCUGCAGUCAAACGUUAUAAAGAAAGAAUUGAUCGUGUGGAAACUAGAAUCACCGCUCAUCUUCGUGAUCAACUGGGAACGGCAAAGAAUGCAAAUGAGAUGUUCCGGAUCUUUUCUCGUUUCAACGCCCUGUUUGUCCGACCACACAUCCGUGGGGCCAUACGAGAAUACCAGACCCAGUUGAUACAGCGUGUAAAGGACGACAUUGAAGCUUUGCAUGAGAAAUUCAAGGUUCAAUAUCCACAAAGUAAAUCAUGUCGUUUGUCAGUGGUUCGAGAUUUGCCACCUGUAGCUGGUUCCAUUAUCUGGGCUCGUCAAAUCGAUAACCAACUUACGAUGUAUCUAAAACGUGUCGAGGAUGUGCUUGGCAAAGGCUGGGAAUCGCACAUCGAUGGACAGAAAUUGAAGGCAGAUGGUGACAGUUUCCGAGCUAAGCUCUCCAUCUCUGAAGUAUUCCAAGAUUGGGCAAGAAAAGUUCAGGAACGUAACUUUGGCAUCAACGGACGUAUCUUUACAAUUGAGUCGGCUCGAUCUCGCACUGGACGUGGAAACAUUCUUAAGCUUCGUGUGAAUUUCCUUCCCGAAAUAAUCACCCUGUCCAAGGAAGUCCGGAACAUUAAGAAUUUUGGAUUUAGAGUUCCUUUGACAAUCGUUAAUAAGGCUCAUCAGGCCAAUCAAAUUUACCCUUAUGCUAUAUCUUUGAUUGAAAGUGUCCGCACUUAUGAACGAACUUUGGAAAAGCUAAAUAAUAGGAGUUUAGCACAAAAUUCUGUAUUCAAGAUUGAGGAUCGUGUAAGUAUUGUUCCUCUUGUUGCUGGUCUACGUAAAGAUGUCCUGAAUUUGAUCUCCGAGGGCAUUGCUUUGGUUUGGGAGAGCUACAAAUUGGAUCCAUAUGUCCAGCGAUUGUCUGAUUGUGUCACUCAAUUCCAAGAAAAGGUUGAGGACUUGCUUGUUGUCGAAGAACAACUGGAUGUUGAUGUUCGAUCUUUGGAAACUUGUCCGUAUAGUGCUGCAACCUUUGCAGAUAUUUUGGAGAAGAUCCAGCACGCAGUCGAUGAUCUAUCACUGAGACAGUACUCCAACUUGAACGUCUGGGUAACUCGGCUCGAUGAAGAAGUUGAAAAGAAAUUGGCUCUACGUCUGCAAGCUGGUAUCAAUGCAUGGACUGAGGCUCUUACCGGAAAUAAGAAAGAAGUUGACUUGUCCAUGGACACUGAUGCUCCAGCUCAACCAACUCAUAAACUUGGCGGUGAACCACAGAUCCUGAAUGCAAUUCACGAGAUUCGUAUAACCAACCAACAGAUGUACUUGUAUCCAUCGAUUGAAGAAGCUCGUUUCCAAAUCAUGCAGCAAUUAUUCGCCUGGCAGGCUAUUGUAACAUCUCAGGUCCGCUUGCAAAGCUCCAGAUACCAAGUGGGUUUAGAUAAGCCAGUAUCUCAGACCUAUCGCAAUUUGUUGACCAAACUGCCCGAAGGCAAGAUCCUCGAAAAUGCCUACGGAUCGAUUGAGGAUAAGAUCAGUGAAGUAAGGAACUACGUCGAUGAGUGGUUGCGUUACCAGAGUUUGUGGGAUUUGCAAGCUGAUACACUCUAUGGACGUCUAGCUGAAGAUGUCAACUUGUGGAUCAAGUGUUUGAAUGACAUUAAAAAAUCUCGAACAACAUUUGACACAUCGGACACUCGACGGGCUUACGGUCCAAUUAUCAUUGACUAUGCAAAGGUUCAAGCUAAGGUCACGUUGAAAUAUGAUUCUUGGCAUAAGGAGGCUCUUGGUAAAUUCGGAACUUUGUUGGGUACAGAGAUGACAACCUUCCAUGGAAAAGUGUCCAAGUCUCGCAGUGAUUUGGAGAUGCAAAGCAUUGAAGCGGCUAGUACAUCAGAUGCCGUUUGUUUCAUUACCUACGUGCAGUCUCUCAAGAAGGACAUGCUCGUGUGGGAGAAACAGGUUGAAGUAUUCCGUGAGGCUCAACGUAUUUUGGAACGACAACGCUUCCAAUUCCCCAACAAUUGGCUUCAUGUGGACAACAUCGAGGGCGAGUGGUCGGCAUUUAAUGAGAUUAUCAAGCGCAAGGACACAGCAAUCCAGACUCAAGUAGCCAGUCUGCAGGCUAAGAUCGUUGCCGAAGACAAGGCUGUCGAAACUAGAACUGUUGAUUUCCUUAACGACUGGGAAAAGAACAAACCAACAGGCGGCAAGACUCGUCCAGAUGACGCCCUUCAACAAUUGCAAAUGUUCGAGAGUAAAUACUCGCGUUUGAAGGAAGAGCGUGAUAAUGUGGCCAAGGCAAAGGAGGCCUUGGAACUGCAAGAAUCUGCUAUACCCAACAACAGUAGCGAACGCAUGAAUGUUGCCCUCGAAGAACUGCAGGACUUGCGUGGAGUGUGGAGUGAGUUGUCAAAGGUUUGGACUCAAAUCGACGAAACCAGAGAGAAACCUUGGUUAUCGGUGCAACCCAGAAAAUUGCGUCAACAGCUUGAAGCUAUGAUGAACCAGUUGAAGGAGCUGCCCGCUCGUCUCCGCAUGUACGAGAGCUAUGAAUAUGUUAAGAAACUCAUCCAAAGUAACAUCAAGGUGAACAUGCUGAUCGUAGAGCUGAAGUCCGAUGCCCUGAAAGAGCGUCACUGGAAACAACUGACAAAGCAAUUGCGUGUAAACUGGGUUAUCUCCGAUUUAACUCUUGGUCAGGUUUGGGAUGUAAAUCUGCUGAAGAAUGAAAACAUCGUCAAGGACAUCAUUCUCGUGGCUCAGGGAGAAAUGGCGCUUGAGGAAUUCUUGAAGCAAGUCCGAGAAUCCUGGCAAAACUACGAACUUGAUUUGAUAAAUUACCAGAACAAGUGUCGCAUCAUUCGUGGCUGGGAUGACUUGUUCAACAAAGUCAAGGAACAUAUCAACUCGGUUGCUGCUAUGAAACUAUCGCCUUAUUACAAGGUCUUCGAGGAAGAAGCUCUCACUUGGGAAGAGAAGUUGAAUCGGAUCAAUGCCCUGUUCGACGUGUGGAUCGAUGUUCAGCGUCGUUGGGUGUACUUGGAGGGCAUAUUCUCUGGCAGUGCAGACAUUAAAACCCUUUUGCCUGUGGAGACUUCUCGUUUCCACAGCAUUAGUUCUGAGUUCCUUGGACUCAUGAAAAAGGUGACCAAAUCCCCAAAGGUCAUGGAUGUCUUGAACAUUCCAGCUGUGCAGAGAUCAUUGGAGCGUCUAGCUGAUUUGCUCGGAAAGAUUCAAAAGGCUCUGGGAGAGUACUUGGAAAGAGAACGUACUUCCUUCCCCAGAUUCUACUUUGUUGGUGACGAGGAUUUGUUGGAGAUCAUCGGAAACAGCAAGAACAUUGCUCGUCUGCAGAAGCACUUCAAGAAAAUGUUUGCUGGUGUUGCUGCGAUCCUGUUGAACGAAGACAAUACUGUUAUUUUGGGUAUUGCCUCAAGGGAGGGCGAGGAAGUGAAAUUCAUCAAUCCCGUGUCGACUGUGGACCAUCCAAAAAUCAACGAGUGGUUAAGUUUGGUGGAGAAGCAGAUGCGCUUUACGUUGGCUUCAUUCUUGGCCCAGGCAGUUCAAGACAUCAAACAGUUCCGCGAUGGACAGAUCGACUCACAAAAGUACAUGGAAUGGUGUGACAAAUACCAAGCUCAGAUUGUUGUUUUAGCUGCCCAAAUCUUGUGGUCAGAAGAUGUCGAAACUGCUCUCCAACAGGCCAUGGAGAACAACAGCGGGAAGCCAUUGAAUACGGUACUUACCACUGUCGAGUCCACUUUGAAUGUGCUAGCUGAUUCGGUUCUACAGGAACAGCCGCCACUUAGGCGCAGGAAGUUGGAACAUUUGAUCAACGAGUUUGUUCACAAGCGAACUGUGACUCGUCGUCUUAUUUCUAAUGGAGUCAACAACCCCAAGUCUUUCCAUUGGCUCUGUGAGAUGAGAUUCUACUUCGAUCCACGACAAACUGAGGUCCUAAAACAACUUACGAUCCACAUGGCUAAUGCACGUUUCUACUACGGUUUCGAGUAUCUCGGAGUUCAGGAUCGUCUAGUACAGACACCGCUGACCGAUCGUUGCUAUUUAACCAUGACCCAGGCCCUGGAAUCCCGCUUGGGAGGAUCUCCAUUCGGUCCCGCUGGUACCGGUAAGACAGAAUCGGUGAAAGCCCUCGGAAACCAGCUUGGUCGCUUCGUGUUGGUCUUCAAUUGUGAUGAAACCUUUGAUUUCCAAGCCAUGGGAAGAAUCUUCGUUGGUUUAUGCCAAGUCGGUGCAUGGGGUUGCUUCGAUGAGUUCAAUCGUCUGGAGGAGCGUAUGUUAUCAGCUUGCUCCCAGCAAAUUCAGACCAUUCAAGAGGCACUAAAAUACGACAUGGACAGUAACAAGGAGAGCAUAACAGUGGAGUUGGUUGGCAAGCAGGUCACCGUCUCGUCUGACAUGGCCAUCUUCAUAACCAUGAAUCCUGGCUACGCUGGACGAUCCAAUCUGCCAGACAAUUUGAAGAAACUUUUCCGCUCUUUGGCCAUGACCACACCCGAUCGUCAGCUUAUCGCCGAAGUGAUGUUGUUCAGUCAAGGGUUCCGACAGGCCGAAAAACUCGCCUGUAAGAUUGUGCCCUUCUUCAAGCUGUGUGACGAACAACUGUCGAACCAGAGCCAUUAUGACUUUGGUUUGCGUGCCCUAAAAUCGGUGCUGAUCUCAGCGGGUAACGUGAAGCGUGAUCGUAUCAUGAAAAUCAAGGAAAUGAUGACUGCUCGUGGAGAACAAAACAUCGACGAGGCUUCAGUUGCCGAGAAUCUCCCCGAACAAGAGAUUCUUAUUCAGUCGGUGUGCGAGACAAUGGUUCCGAAAUUGGUUGCCGAGGAUAUUCCACUGCUCUUCUCGCUGCUUAGCGAUGUCUUCCCGAACGUCGGAUACACCCGUGCCGAGAUGAGCGGUUUGAAAGAAGAAAUUCGCAAGGUCUGCAACGAAGAGUAUCUCGUUUGUGGAGAGGGCGACGAACAAGGUGCCGCCUGGAUGGAAAAGGGAUUCGGUGAAACUUGGGUCGAAAAAGUUCUGCAAUUGUAUCAAAUCUCCAACCUUAAUCAUGGUUUGAUGAUGGUGGGUCCAUCGGGAUCUGGUAAAUCCACCGCAUGGCGAGUUCUUCUGAAGGCUCUUGAACGUUUCGAGGGGGUCGAGGGUGUUGCCCAUCUCAUUGAUCCCAAGGCCAUUUCCAAGGAGGCUCUGUAUGGUGUAAUGGAUCAGAACACUCGUGAAUGGACCGACGGAUUGUUUACACACAUUUUGAGGAAGAUCAUAGACAAUGUGCGUGGUGAGAUCAACAAACGGCAAUGGAUCAUCUUCGACGGUGAUGUGGAUCCCGAAUGGGUGGAAAACUUGAACUCCGUGUUGGAUGACAAUAAGUUGCUGACACUGCCCAACGGAGAGCGGUUGUCGCUGCCUCCAAAUGUGAGAGUGAUGUUUGAGGUGCAGGAUCUUAAGUUCGCAACACUCGCUACGGUGUCUCGUUGUGGAAUGGUUUGGUUCUCGGAGGAUGUUCUCUCGACGGAAAUGAUCUUCGAAAACUAUUUGUUACGUCUGAGGAAUACUCCAUUGGAGGAUGGAGAUGAAGAAUUCGGCAUGAUCAAGAGUAAGGAUAAGGAGGAUGAGGUUUCACCUUCGUUGCAGACCCAGAGGGAAAUCGCAAUGCUGUUGCAACCAUACUUUUCGGCUGAUGGCAUUGUUGUCCGUACGUUGGAGUAUGCCAUGGAUCAGGAGCACAUCAUGGACUUUACGCGAUUGAGAGCCCUCAGUUCGUUGUUCUCGAUGUUGAAUCAAGCUGCAAGAAACAUUUUGAAUUUCAACGCCCAACAUCCUGAUUUCCCAUUGAGCCUCGAUCAACUGGAGCAGUAUGUUCCCAAGGCUUUGGUGUAUUCGGUUUUGUGGUCAUUUGCCGGAGAUGCUAAGCUCAAGGUACGUAUCGACUUAGGCGACUUUGUCCGCAGUGUGACAACAAUUCCGCUGCCUGGAGCUGCUGGAGCUCCGAUUAUCGAUUACGAGGUUAAUAUGGCUGGCGAGUGGGUGCCAUGGUCAAACAAGGUGCCUGUUAUUGAAGUGGAGACUCAUAAAGUUGCUUCGCCUGAUAUUGUUGUACCCACAUUGGAUACCGUUCGUCAUGAGUCUUUGUUGUACACAUGGUUGGCUGAACAUAAGCCAUUGGUUCUCUGUGGUCCCCCUGGUUCGGGUAAGACAAUGACUUUGUUCUCGGCAUUGCGAGCCCUUCCUGACAUGGAAGUUGUUGGCUUGAAUUUCUCAUCGGCAACCACACCCGAAUUGCUUCUGAAGACCUUCGAUCAUUAUUGCGAAUACCGUAAGACACCCAAUGGUGUGGUAUUGGCUCCAGUGCAGAUUGGAAAAUGGCUUGUAUUGUUCUGUGAUGAAAUCAAUUUGCCGGACAUGGACAUGUAUGGUACUCAGCGUGUGAUUUCAUUCUUGAGGCAGCUGGUUGAGCAUAGAGGAUUCUACAGAGCCAGUGAUCAAGCUUGGGUUUCGUUGGAACGCAUUCAAUUCGUUGGAGCGUGUAACCCACCUACUGACCCCGGACGUAAGCCGCUCAGUCACAGAUUCUUGAGACACGUUCCCAUAAUAUACGUGGAUUAUCCUGGAGAAACUUCAUUGAAACAGAUUUAUGGAACCUUCAGUCGUGCGAUGUUGCGUUUGGUGCCAUCGCUUCGUCGCUAUUCCGAACCUUUGACCAAUGCUAUGGUCGAGUUCUAUUUAUCGUCGCAGGAUCGCUUCACUCAGGAUAUGCAACCGCAUUAUGUCUAUUCUCCUCGUGAGAUGACACGUUGGGUGCGCGGUAUUUGUGAAGCCAUUCGCCCGGUAGACACAAUGUCAGUGGAGGGUUUGGUGCGUUUGUGGGCUCAUGAAGCAUUGCGUUUGUUCCAAGAUCGUUUAGUGGAGGACAAUGAACGUCGUUGGACCAACGAAAACAUUGACAAUGUCGCCAUUAAGCACUUCCCAGGUGUGGACAGAGAAAAGGCAUUGAUGCGUCCAAUUCUCUACAGCAACUGGCUUUCCAAGGACUACAUGCCAGUUAACCGUGAAGAACUACGUGAUUAUGUUCGUGCUCGUUUGAAGGUCUUCUAUGAAGAAGAACUGGAUGUGCCUUUGGUACUUUUCGAUGAAGUCCUUGAACAUGUUUUGCGUAUCGACCGAAUCUUCCGGCAACCGCAAGGUCAUUUGCUUCUCAUUGGUGUAUCUGGGGCUGGCAAAACAACUCUGUCACGUUUCGUGGCUUGGAUGAAUGGCUUGUCUAUUUUCCAAAUCAAAGUCCACAACAAAUACACCAGCGAGGACUUUGACGAAGAUUUGCGUUGUGUGCUGAGAAGAUCCGGUUGUAAGGAUGAAAAGAUUGCAUUCAUUUUGGAUGAGUCGAAUGUAUUGGAUUCUGGAUUCUUGGAAAGGAUGAAUACACUUUUGGCUAAUGGAGAGGUUCCUGGAUUGUUUGAAGGCGAUGAAUAUACCACUUUGAUGACUCAAUGCAAGGAGGGAGCUCAACGUGAAGGACUCAUGCUUGACUCCAGUGAUGAACUUUAUAAAUGGUUCACGCAACAAGUUAUGCGCAAUCUCCAUGUAGUCUUCACAAUGAAUCCCUCAACUGAUGGCCUAAAAGACCGUGCUGCAACUUCUCCGGCUUUGUUCAAUCGCUGCGUGCUCAAUUGGUUUGGUGACUGGUCUGACUCGGCGCUCUUCCAAGUGGGCAAGGAGUUCACAACUCGUGUCGAUUUGGAGAAACCCACAUGGUCGUCGCCCGACUUCUUCCCAUCCGUAUGCCCACUCGUACCAGCAACUCCAUCCCACCGCGACGCUGUUAUCAACAGUUGCGUCUAUGUUCAUCAAACAUUGCAUCAAGCCAACUGUCGUUUGGCUAAGCGUGGUGGUCGCACUAUGGCCAUAACCCCACGUCACUAUCUCGACUUUAUUCAUCAUUUCGUCAAGCUAUACUCGGAGAAACGUAGCGAGUUGGAGGAACAACAGCUGCAUCUGAAUGUCGGUUUGAACAAAAUCGCCGAGACAGUCGAACAAGUCGAGGAGAUGCAAAAGUCCUUGGCCGUUAAAUCACAAGAACUUCAAGCCAAAAACGAGGCAGCCAACGCUAAGCUAAAACAAAUGUUCAAAGACCAACAAGAGGCCGAGAAGAAGAAGAUUCACUCUCAAGAGCUGCAAAUUAUGUUGGCCGAGCAGACCAUCAAAAUAGAGGAGAAACGUAAAUAUGUCAUGGCCGAUUUGGCUCAGGUAGAACCGGCAGUUAUUGAAGCUCAACAAGCUGUAAAAUCGAUCAAAAAGCAACAACUCGUCGAGGUGCGAACAAUGUCCAAUCCACCAGCUGUGGUGAAAUUGGCUUUAGAGUCAAUAUGUUUGCUCCUUGGAGAGAAUGCGUCCGAUUGGAAGUCAAUUCGUGCUGUUAUAAUGAGAGAAAACUUUAUAAAUUCAAUUGUAUCUAACUUCGGUACUGAAGAUAUAACCGAUGAGGUACGUGAAAAGAUGAAAUCGAAGUACUUGAGCAAUCCAGAUUAUAACUUUGAGAAAGUUAAUCGCGCCAGUAUGGCAUGUGGUCCUAUGGUUAAAUGGGCUAUUGCACAGAUUGAAUACGCUGAUAUGUUAAAACGUGUCGAGCCUCUGCGUGAUGAAUUGCAAUCACUUGAAGACCAAGCUGCCCUCAAUAUGAAGCAUGCUAAGGACACAAAGGAUCUCGUUACCCAAUUGGAGCAAUCGAUUGCCGCUUACAAGGAGGAAUACGCCCAGCUUAUUUCUCAAGCUCAGGCCAUUAAAACCGAUUUGGAAAAUGUCCAAGCUAAGGUAGAUCGUUCAAUUGCUUUGCUCAAGAGUUUGAAUAUUGAACGUGAGCGUUGGGAAAGCACCAGUGAGACCUUCAAAUCCCAGAUGUCAACAAUUAUUGGUGAUGUUUUGCUGUCCGCUGCUUUUAUUGCUUAUGGUGGUUACUUUGAUCAGCAUUACCGUCUGAACUUGUUCACAACUUGGUGUCAACAUCUACAAUCGGCAAAUAUACAAUAUCGACCGGAUAUCGCACGCACAGAGUAUCUUUCCAAUCCGGAUGAACGUCUGCGCUGGCAAGCAAAUGCUCUUCCUUCAGACGAUCUAUGCACAGAAAAUGCAAUUAUGCUGAAGCGCUUCAACCGUUAUCCUCUGAUCAUUGAUCCAUCGGGUCAAGCGACCACGUUCUUGUUGAACGAGUACGCCGGAAAGAAGAUCACAAAGACCUCCUUCCUGGAUGACUCGUUCCGUAAGAAUCUCGAAUCGGCGUUGCGUUUCGGAAACCCAUUGUUGGUUCAGGACGUGGAGAACUACGAUCCAAUUUUGAAUCCGGUCCUCAACAGAGAACUUCGCCGAACAGGUGGUCGUGUGUUGAUCACUCUCGGUGAUCAGGACAUCGAUUUGUCUCCAUCAUUCGUUAUAUUCCUCUCGACACGUGACCCGACUGUGGAAUUCCCGCCUGACAUUUGUUCGAGAGUGACAUUUGUCAACUUCACCGUCACCAGGAGUUCAUUGCAGUCGCAGUGCCUCAACCAAGUAUUGAAGGCUGAACGUCCGGAUAUUGAUGAAAAACGCUCUGACUUGCUGAAAUUGCAAGGAGAGUUCCGUCUGAGGUUGAGGCAGCUCGAGAAGAGUUUGUUGCAGGCUCUGAAUGAUGCUAAGGGUAAGAUUCUCGACGAUGACUCAGUGAUUACCACUCUGGAAACCCUCAAGAAGGAAGCCUUCGACAUCAACAUGAAGGUCGAUGAAACCGACAAGGUUAUAGCCGAAAUCGAAACUGUGUCGCAACAGUAUCUGCCUCUGUCAGUGGCAUGUUCCAACAUUUACUUUACCAUGGACAGUCUCAACCAGGUGCACUUCCUUUACCAAUACUCUCUUAAGAUGUUCUUGGAUAUCUUUGGCACAGUUCUGUUUAACAACACGAAACUGGAAGGCAAAACUGAUCACACAGUUCGCUUAACUAUCAUCACCAGGGAUCUAUUCCAGGUUUGCUACGAUCGCGUGGCUCGAGGAAUGCUUCAUGCAGAUCGCCUAACAUUCGCACUGCUCAUGUGCAAGAUCCAUCUGAAGGGAACAUCCGAGGCUAAUCUGGAUUCUGAGUUCAACUUCUUCCUACGUAGCCGAGAAGGACUCCUGAUGAAUCCCACAACAGUUGACGGAUUAUCCAGUGAACAAAUCGAGAGCGUCAACCGCUUGGCUACUCGUUUGCCCAUCUUUAAGAAACUUAUCGAAAAGUUGAAGUCUAUGCCCGAAAUCGGUGCCUGGCUGCAGCAGAGUUCUCCCGAGCAAUGUGUUCCACAGCUGUGGGACGAAUCGAAGGCCCUUUCUCCGGUUUCUUCGUCGGUUCAUCAAUUGCUGCUGAUUCAAGCCUUCCGACCGGAUCGUGUCAUUGCCGCUGGACACAACGUCGUUAAUACUGUCCUUGGAGAUGAUUUCAUGUCGACAGCCGAGAAGGAAUUGGACUUCGCUCAGGUGAUUGAGAAGCAGUUGACCUGCAAUACUCCAGCUUUGCUUUGCUCAGUUCCUGGAUUCGACGCCUCAGGAAGAGUGGAUGAUUUGGCAGCUGAGCUUAAUAAGAAGAUCUCAAGUAUUGCCAUCGGUUCGGCUGAAGGUUUCAAUCAAGCUGAACGAGCCAUCAACAUGGCUUGCAAGAGCGGAAAGUGGGUUCUCCUUAAGAACGUCCACUUGGCUCCGCAAUGGUUGGUGCAAUUGGAGAAGAAACUACACUCUCUUCAACCUCAUUCUGGAUUCAGGUUAUUCUUGACCAUGGAAAUCAGUCCUCGAGUUCCAGUUAAUCUACUUCGCGCUGGACGAAUCUUCGUCUAUGAACCACCACCAGGUAUUCGUGCCAAUCUUUUGAGAACAUUCUCGACUGUUCCGGCCACACGAAUGAUGAAGAGUCCUGGCGAGCGAGCUCGAUUGUACUUCUUGCUUGCUUGGUUCCAUGCCAUUGUACAAGAGCGUUUACGUUAUGUUCCACUUGGUUGGUCUAAAAAGUAUGAAUUCAAUGAGUCUGACUUGCGAGUAGCAUGCGACACAUUGGAUACUUGGAUUGACACCACUGCAAUGGGACGCACAAAUCUGCCUCCAGAGAAGGUUCCAUGGGAUGCUUUGGUGACACUUCUUUCUCAGAGCAUCUAUGGUGGCAAGAUCGACAAUGAUUUCGAUCAGAGAUUAUUGGCAUCGUUCCUGUCGAAGCUCUUCACUGCACGCAGCUUUGAGGCUGACUUUGCUUUAGUGGCCAACGUAGAUGGCGGCGCAGGUGGCCAGAGGCACAUUACCAUGCCUGAUGGAACUCGUCGUGAUCAUUUCUUGAAAUGGAUCGAAAACUUGGCUGAUCGCCAGACCCCAUCAUGGUUGGGAUUGCCUAAUAACGCUGAAAAGGUAUUGUUGACUACUCGCGGAACUGAUUUGGUAAGCAAGCUGUUGAAGAUGCAACAGUUGGAGGAUGAUGAUGAGUUGGCCUACAGCGUAGACGAGAACCAAGAAGCUGUACAGACGCGCAACGAGGAUGGCAGACCAUCGUGGAUGAAGACAUUGCACAAUAGUGCCACCGCAUGGUUAGAACUAUUGCCAAAGAACUUGAAUGUACUUAAACGUACUGUGGAGAACAUCAAGGAUCCUCUUUACCGAUACUUCGAGAGAGAGGUGACGUCAGGAGCAAAGCUUUUGCAGACAGUUAUUUCAGAUCUUCAAGAUGUUGUGUUGAUCUGCCAGGGCGAGAAGAAACAAACGAACCAUCAUCGUUCCAUGCUUUCAGAGUUGGUGCGUGGAAUCAUUCCGAAAGGCUGGAGACGUUAUACUGUUCCAGUUGGAUGCACAGUUAUCCAGUGGAUUACUGAUUUCAGCAACCGUGUCCAGCAGCUGCAGAAAGUUUCUCAGUUGGUCUCGCAAGCUGGAGCUAAGGAAUUACAGGGUUUCCCUGUUUGGUUGGGUGGACUGUUGAAUCCUGAAGCAUACAUCACAGCCACAAGGCAAUGCGUGGCACAGGCAAACAGCUGGUCCUUGGAAGAACUUGCUUUGGAAGUGACCAUAACUGAAGCUGGAUCGAACUCAAAUCAAAAGGACAGCAGCUUUGGUGUGACUGGAUUGAAACUGCAAGGCGCACAAUGCAAGAACAAUGAACUUUUGCUUGCUUCAACCAUCAUGAUGGAUCUACCAGUAACUAUUCUCAAAUGGGUCAAGGCCAACAGUGACAUUCGCGUUAGCAAGCUGACUUUGCCAGUUUAUUUGAACUCAACUCGCACAGAAUUAUUGUUCACAGUCGAUUUGGCAGUUGCUGCUGGACAGGAACAGCACAGUUUCUACGAGCGUGGUGUUGCAGUUCUCACCUCGACUGCUCUUAAUUGAAAUUAAUUUGUAACUUGAAUAUAAGCUAAGCUUAGUAUUCGUAGUCGCUCAAAGCGUUUUAAAGUAUAAUUAUAUUCCUUUUAUUUAAGUCAAUAUUUUGGCAUUCAAUUAUUACUAUUCAAAUAUAUUAAUUAACAAAGUAAAACAAUAAAAUGUUAUUAACCAAUAAA